UAUAAAAUUACAUGGACAAUACAGCCCGAAAUAUUCACAUAGUUCACAUUUUUCAUAGCCGUUGCACAAUGCACCCCGAAAUAUGUUUAUAGGCACUUUGCACCUUUAGAAAACGACCGUUCACACAUUUCACCGUGAAACAAAGCACGUGGCUUGCACUUUCUCUCUGUUGAAUUUGCUGACAGAAUUGCCCUGACAUUGCCACUGAUGUUGAGAUGCCUGCUGCUGCUGCAAACAAUGAGAUUGUCCCAGUUGAGCCACAGCCCAACACUAUGGAAACACCACCAAGCAACCCAGAAACUCAACCUAAUGAGCGUAGAAAGAAGAAGUCUAUAGUUUGGGAACACUUCACCAUUGAAACAGUUGGUGCUGGUUGUCGAAAGGCAUGUUGUAAGCAAUGCAAGCAAUCAUUCGCAUACAGUACGGGCUCAAAAGUAGCAGGCACUAGUCAUCUUAAACGCCAUAUUGCUAAAGGAACCAGCCCAGUUGUCCUUCGUAAUCAGGAGAAAAAUCAGUCCAGCCCAUUUAGUGCACCUUCAAAGGUUGGUGGAUAUGGGGCAGGUACUGAUACUCCAAGACGUCGUUACAGAACUACUGCAGCACCUUACGUUUCAUUUGAUCCUGACCGCUGCCGCGAUGAGAUUUCUAGGAUGAUAAUCAUGCAUGAUUACCCCCUUAACAUUGUUGAGCAUCCUGGCUUUGUUGCUUUUGUUCAGAAUCUUCAGCCUCUAUUCGAUAUGGUGAGUUUCAACACUGUCCUAGGGGAUUGUGUUGCAACCUACCUCAGGGAAAAACAGUCCAUUCAAAAGGUGAUUGAAGCAAUGCCAGGACGUAUUUGCCUCACCCUGGAUAUGUGGUCUUCCUGCCGAGGACUAGGCUACGUCUUUCUAAGUGGGCAUUUUAUUGAUAGUGAGUGGAAAAUGCACAGGAAGCUUCUCGACGUCAUCAUGGAACCUUAUCCAGAUUCAGAUGCUGCUUUCAGCCAUGCAGUUGCUGCUUGAUCAGAUUGGAGCAUGGAGGGAAAGUUAUUCUCUGUCACCAUAAAUCAGUCCUUGAGUGAUGCUGCGGUUGAUAAUUUAAGAGCUCUACUCUCUGUUAAGAACCCUCUUGUUCUCAAUGGUCAGCUCUUGCUGGGCAAUUGUCUCGCUAGAAGUCUAAGUAGCAUUGCCCAAGAUGCAUUAACGUCUGUGUUCGGAACGGUUAAGAAGGUUAGAGACAGUGUGAAGUAUGUGAAAACUUCAGAAUCCCACGAGGAGAAGUUUCUUGAGCUCAAGCAGCAACUUCAAGUGCCUAGCACAAAAGUUCUAGCCAUUGACGACCUAACUAAAUGGAACACAACAUAUGAAAUGCUGUUGGCUGCAUCUGAACUGAAAGAAGUUUUCUCGUGUCUGGAUACUUCAGACAUUGAUUACAAGGAGGCACCGUCACUGGAAGACUGGAAGCAGGUGGAGACCCUGUGCAGGUACCUGAAACCCCUUUUUGAGACGGCUAACCUCCUGACAGCCCCAACCGUCCUGACUACAAACACAUUCUUCCACGAAGCUUGGAAGGUUCAGUUGGAGCUUAGACGCGCAGCAGGAAGCGAGGAUCCCUUCAUUAGCAGCCUCACCAAAUCCAUGCAAGAGAAAUUUGAUAAGUAUUGGAAGAUUUGCUGUUUUAUUUUAGCAAUUGCUGUGGUCAUGGAUCCCAGGUUCAAGAUGAAGCUUGUGGAAUUCAGUUUCUCCAAGAUCUACAAUGAGGAGGCUGCCACUUACGUCAAGAUCUCUUUGCCUUGUACUUUCCGCCGGACAUAAUGGGUUUGAUUGGGACGAAGUUAUUAUUUGAGGAUAAAGUUGUCAUUUAUGUCGUAAAAUAAACGGUGUGUAAAGAUCCGUUACUUUUCAGUAGAGCUUGGGUGUAAAGUGUCUAUAAAUAUAUUUCGGAGUGUAUUGUGCAACGGCUACGAAAGCUCAUGGGGUUU